CAGGCACUUGAGAAACAAGUCACAAGAAAUAUGAUGGAAAUUGCUUUUCUACUUCUAGCCACUCCUGAUCAGCGAGUCCUGGCAGAUUUGGUAAAUGUCACCAUGGUACACAACAUCAUGGGUAUCUAUACGGGCAUAGAAACAACCAAGUUUCAUCGUAAUUCAACCACUUCCGAUGGCGAACAUCAUUUGCUAAUGUAUAUUACUGGCCAUCAGACUUGGAUAAUUGUAAUAUUAGGUCUUUGGAUUAUCACCAUGUGCUUCUUUAUAUGCACUUGUUUGUUUUGUAAAUGCGAAAAGAGGGAAACCCUAACAACCACAUAUACCACCGAUCCAACUAAUUUGGACCUACAGGAAAUCCAUGUUCAUGUGUUAGACCCAAAGCAUAUUAAUGACUGUGGCUGUGUGUGUUGCCUCCAUCGACAGCUGGCCAAAGAAUUGCAAAUGAAGAAUCAAACAGAACGUUUAGUUAAUUGAGAAAACAGAGAUAAAUGGAAAUAAUUUACAUACUAUGCUGAGGGUAAUUUUUAGUAUAUAUAUUUAUAUUU